AUGGAUAUGAAUGAUUCGUUCGGUGCACAUUUCGAUCAGCUAAUCGCCAGGGUACGAUCGGAACUACUCCACCACUACGACAGGGAUGUCAAAGAUGGCGUCAAGGCCGGCACCCAGAGCUUGAUCCCGAUUCGGGACGAGGUGCCGCCACCCAUCAGCGCGAAACCUCAAUUUCUACGGCUGUCUCCCAAGAAGCCAUGGAGUUCCUCUGAAUGGAGACCUGAGUCUCCCCCUCAGAGCAAGCUUCGGCAGAGAUCCACGUUGUCAGAAGACUCCGACUCCAGCGAAGAGCCACAGCGCAAGAUCGGAGUGCUUCACCACCGCUUGACUUCCAAGUCAGCCAUGUCAGAGAACUCCCAGGCGACUUUGCCAUCCGUGGACUCUCCGAACAUGGAGCUUAAAACGCCAAAAGCCAGAUUUGCGCAGCUGGAAUCGCAAUUGCCUCCGCCACCUCCGGAGAACGCAGUGGACACCCCAGUUGUGUCUCCACAGAUGCUCCUGACUGCGAGUGGCAAUAUCUGUCAGAUGCAGCUGCCGAACAAGCCCGAGGAGGCGCAUGACCAGCCAAGCGACACAAGUGCUGAUGAGGACGAGAAUGGGCAAUGCGAGGCAGCGGCCAAGCAGCCUUCCACACCUUCCAGCAGCUCCAGCUCGAGUUCUGCUAGCUUUGCAAGCUCAACGGAGAAUGACGCUUCUGGCACUGAAGGAGGUAAGAAAGUGCUGAAGCGAGCGAGCGAAAGCUCGAUUCCAUCAUUCUUCGACAGGGAAGCCGCCUCCAGUCUGUUGUGGCAGUUUUUGGAGGACCCUGACUCGAGUGCAGCAGCAUUUUAUUUUGCGACAGCUUGGAACUACUUCGUCACCAUCUCCAUUGUGGUGACUAUUCUGCAGGGUGGUGAGAGCCCGAUGCUCCCUCCCUCUACCGAAGGGCUCAUCCAGAUCUGCGUGGAGGCGGCCCUUCUGCUGGAGUUUCUGGCGCACAUGUAUGCCAGCACAAGUUGCAAAGCAUUUAUUCAGAGCCCUUACAACAUCAUCGACUUCUGUGCGCUGCUGCCCUUGAUAGUCCGAUGUAUCUCUGGCACUGAAACGCCCACGCUGGCCGAGAAUGCAGUGGUUCACUAUGUACUGACGUGCUUCGUCCCUUUGAUUCGCCUGCUGAAGUUGGUCCGACGCUUCAAGAAGCUACAGCUGCUUCUGCAUGUUCUGUCAUCAGUUGUUGAUGCAUUGAAGCUCUUGCUUUUCAUGGUCAGCAUCAUUGUCUUGGUGUUUGCAACAGCCUUGUACAUGGCGGAUGACCCGGGCAACAUUACUUCGUUGCCCGUGGCCAUAUGGAUGUGCACUGUUACGGUCACCACAGUGGGCUACGGUGAUGUGACUCCAUCGACGUGGCCAGCAAGAGCUGUUGCAGGCAUGCUGUGUUUCAUUAGCGUACUGUUCAUGGCGAUGCCAAUUUCCGUUGUCGGCAAUGCAAUGUCACAAACGUGGGCAGAUCGAAAUAGAAUUCUCCUCGUUACGCGGGCUCGGCAACGACUGAAGAAUUGGGGUGUUUCUGCCAGUGACAUGCCGAGGCUUUUCCGAAAAUUCGACCAAGAUGGUAAUGGAGAACUUGGUAUGGAUGAAUUUUGCGAUUUGAUUGCGAGAAUGAAGGUGGGAAUGAAGCCUUCAGAGGCAUCGGACCUGUUCGUCGCCUUCGACACAGAUGGGUCUGGAGGAAUCGACGAAAGAGAAUUCAUGAAAGCCCUCUUCCCGCUGGACUAUCGCAGAAUGUACAGAAGAGCUUCUGGCAUGACCUUCGGGGCCUGA